AAUAGUGGAAAUCGUCUCUAAAUGAGAAUCCCUGCUGGGAGAGAAUUUUCGCCGUAAGAAUGCGUGCUCGCGAAGCGCGUGCGCACAGCUGGACACGGUAUUGCAGGCGCACGACUCGACGAGCAACAGAGUGCUGUGUACAUCCCCGCCCACGUAUUAUUAUUCGACUGUCCUGUAACCACGCUUCUUGGUGAUCGUGAACAACCACGAGUAUCGGACAAUUUCGCAUCGUGUGGAUGAUGAAUUCGUUAUUCGCGGGAUACGUACCGCGGCCUGUCGACAGAACCACGUAAGAAGGCUUUAAUGUGACACAAGGGCGAGCAUGAUUCUGGCAGGAUCAGACCAUUUUCUGGCGGUACCUGUGGAAGCGACAGCAUUUCUGGGUGCCGUAGCUGGCUUCGUGGUCCUCCUGUUGGCUCUGUUCUUGUACCUGUCGCGCAAAUGGUGCUUCACACCGCCAUCCACGACCACGCUCUUCGGCGGCGUUUGCGUGCCCCUCUGCGAGUCUAACAACGUCUCCACGUCGCAAAUUGCAAAGAACAUAGGGAAGGCAUUUUCCUACUCGGAUCCAGAGACUAGCUCCGAUUCGGAAGAGGACGUCCUUCGUCGAUUGAACUCGCAUUCUCAUCCACCGCCGGAUACUUUGACUAUCCAAGCGGAGGAUGGACCGACCAUUCUGGACGCUGGCACUACGUCCAGCAGCUGCACGGAAGAACACUCGCCCACUGAUCAACAACAGUGCGUGGUAGAAGUCGGCGCCUCCGGUAUCAUUCUCGACAGCAGGGAGCAAGAGGUGGAGGUGGAGCAAAAUGGUUCGACCACCAACGACGUUAUCACAACGAUGGGCACUAUCACCGAGGAAGUGGGCAGCUUGGAGGUCGCUUUCCUGUAUGACGCACCGAUGCGCGAGAUGACGGUUCACGUGCUUCAAGGACGAAAUUAUCCCGAGGGUAUAGGCGGCAGUCAAGUGCGACUCGUGCUGCUACCGUCGAAGAAGCAACGCCGCAAAACUCGAGUGCGCCAGGGCACGUCUCCGCAGUACAUGGAGAGUUUUCUACUUCCACGCGUGAAUCCGGAGGACGUGAACGCCAUGGGUGUACGCUUGAGAGUGUAUCUGUGGGGCGGAAGGAUGCGACGGGAGAGAUUACUGGGCGAGGCCAGGGUCUCCUUCGAUCAGAUCAAUCUUCAGCUUGAAACAACACUUUGGUUAACGUUGCAGCCUCCACCUUUUUCUUCGGUACAAGAUUGGGGAACAACCAGUAGUUUGACUCGUAGCGACUCCACGGGAUCACAGCAGUCGGUUCAAUCGUACGCGUCGCCUACGGCACGCGUGCCAAGCUACGCGUCGCACAUUGUACCUCCUUACGGCAGUAGUAUGAAGGGCGGAAGCGUGGCGGAGAUUUUGAUAGGCUUGGCGUACAAUGGAACGACCGGGCGUUUAUCGGUAGAAAUAAUCAAAGGGUCUCACUUUCGUGGCGGCGGUGGAAACGACACGAAACCACCGGACACGUACGUCAAGCUGGCUCUUGUGGACAGCAACGGCCACGAGAUGGAACGGUCGAAAACUGGCUUGAAACGUGCUCAACCGAAUCCUCUGUAUAAGGAGACGUUUAUAUUCCAGGUUGCUCUGUUCCAACUUGGGGACGUAACUCUCUUUUUAUCGGUGUACAAUCGACGAAGAGGCGGAAUGGGCAGGAAAGGAAGAGAGAUGAUCGGUUGGCUCAGUUUGGGAUUGAACAGCUCCGGCUCGGAGGAGCUUCAACAUUGGAACGAUAUGCGGGCGGCGAGACAACCGACGCAGGUCCAACGCUGGCAUUCGCUGUUGCGCCCCUGAAACAUACGAUCACGAAAGAGUUCCUGUCACGGAGACACGUUUCACGAUGUUGUUGACGAUAACGAUAUGGUUCGACAGAUGGAACACGGCGCAGAGAAACACGGCCGCUAAUCGCGCGGGCCGUUAUUACAUUACGACUGAUCGUGCAACUGAAUUUUUCAAGACAAUUGCGGCUGCUCUCUAUUGGAUGCCGUCUGUAACUGCCCGAACAGAACACAGAAGUCAAUAUGUCGAUCUGUUGAUCCAGCUGAAUCAGAGCUGUCACAUAAUUUUAGUACUCUGGUAACUGAGUUUAAAACUCUAUCGAUGUACCAAGUACAUUCCCUUUUUGAUACGCCGGACGGAGUUGAGGGUGUUUUCAACAUACAUAUUACGUAUGUAUAUUACAUAAAAGAAAAAAAAAAAAAACAGAGAAAGAACGUAAAUACGCGAUACGCAUACAUACAUACAUACAUACAUACAUACGUACGUACAUACACAAGUAUAUGUACACGUUCAAGCACUUACUUACACACACACUUCGAUUACACAUACAUACAUACAUACGUACAUACACGCGCGUACUUACACGUACACAAACUAUGCAAACACGCAUUUUAUCGGUCCCAAAAGUCGUACAAGAACGUAUAUAUAUUAGCUGAUGGACCGCGAAACCGACUUCGAUUCGAUAUGUGCCUGACAAUGAGCCAACUUUAAUCGUUUAUUUUUUACUUUGUGCCUUUCACCCUUUUUAGGCCGCGUGUCCGCCGACGGAGAAUCGUCGUGGGAUACCCAGCCAAGUCGAGAGCCCAUUAUGAACCGCGAUCCUCUAAUCGUUCUCCUUUGGACGAGCUAAACUAAGCAAACGUAACUUUUCCUCUCUCGGCUCCGCGACACUUUCAACGGGACAUUCGAUUUGCAGUGCUUGUUCGUUCGAAUCGAUACCACGGAUCUUGGUGUUUCGAUCAUAUGGUUCGAGAAUGGAUUGAUACGUGCGAAACGAAUUAACCCCUUGGCUGCGUGAGGUAAAUACAUAUGUAUAUAAGGGGACAGUGAACAACAACGUUUCCAACAGAGAAACUUAAGGCUGUACGAACAAUUUUUUUAAAUUUCCACAUAUAAUGUUGCAUAUAUCUGGCUUCUUUUCUUCUUCGUUUCUUUUUCUCUGUGUAUUAUCGUUCACGAAUACGUGUACAUUUCUUAUUUGACGUUAACCUUGGUAGCAUUGAACGUGAAAAGCACGACAGAUAAUUUUUGUAGCUCAUUUCGUGUCGUAUUCUCUCGAUACGUGAUACCGACGUGCUUACGCACGUUACCAUACGUAGCUCCUAACUUUGCGAACGUUUUGCGUAUGCAGGAUAUCGAUUAAUUAAUUAGUAGCAUCGAGGGGUUACGGUUAAUCGAUGGGGGUAUAAAGGGGAACGUGUACGAGGACAGAUUCACAAUUCAACGACGCACAAUAAACUCGCAAAACGCACCUCGUAAACGCAGAUGUGAUCGUAGAGUUGAUAUUACUAUUAAACUAGUAGUAUAUUAUAUUAUCGUGGAUGCGGUUAUAGGUUUUACGUAGAAAUGUUUUUUCCACGCGUUUAUAUUAGAGGGAAUUGGAUACCGGACGAGGCGGGCGACUGAUUAACGGAUAAAGAAACAAAACAAAAA